AUGGCGUGUCCAUCGACGUACAGCUCAGGCUCGGUGUAUUUAUACUUCCCGGUCAGGACGACGGCCUCCGACUUCUGGGGUGCAAUGGACAAGCCGUUGUCGCGCAUCCAGUUGCUCACGGUUUCCAGCGCCGGGUUCAGUAAUGCAGCUGCGGACGGCCCGGUCCGGGAAGUGCCGAUGACGGCUACGUCGUCCGCGAAGGCGACGAGCUGCACUCCCGGUGGCAAAUUCACUACUACCUACCUGCCAGAAAAAUAA